ACGAAAAAUUAAAUAAGUGUUGCGGCGCUUAUUUGAGUAAAUACGGUAAUGUAAUUUGCAUUUGAAAAGACUCCCCUCAUUGGCCUCAGAUGCAAGCUAGUUCCAGUCUGAUACCAGGAAUACGAAUAUGGUCUAUUGGAUUGGGUUUUAAAAUGGUUGCUUUUUGUGGCAGUUGGAGGUUGAUCAGAGACACUGGAGCAAGAUUGGGAACCAACAACUUCCACUGUGUAAAAUUCAAGAUAUCAGCAUUAAAUUCCACAAUAUGUUGUACAUCUGUUGUUUCUUACUUUGCAGAAACAGAAAUUUGUAGACCUUGUAGCUAAUAUACAGAUGGCCUGUCCCCAGUUUCAUGUAUAUGGCCAUGGUGCUACAUGUCAGCUGCUGUAUAGUACACGUAGAUUGGAAGGAUGGGGUUUGGUUGAUGGAGAAAUGUUGGAGAGGCUUUGGUCAUACCUUGGCCUAUUUAGAAAGAUGACCAAGGAGAUGUCAUCAAGUCAUAGGGAGGAUGUAUUGUCCGAUGCUUUAUUCUACCUUGCAAAAAAGCUUAAAUCCAGAAUAGUUCCAUUGACAAAGCAAAUGAUUUUACAAUGGAAGGAAAAUGAAGCAGAUAUUCUUAAGAAGUCAAAGGCAGAUAACGUUGACUUGGGACCUCAUGCAUGGGUAUUAUCCUAUUUGUCCCUUUUACAGCAAUACUAUUUGACACGUGACAGUCUUGCGAGUGGUGCGGGUGGUUCGCAAACUCUUCACCUCAUUGGACUUAUGAACAAGUUAGUAUAAACAAGAGGCGGUGUUUUCUUCAAAUAGCAAUUUAAAAAAACUGUUCUCUCUUUUCAAUUUGUUCCAAGUACUGAGACCCUUUUUCCAUUCUUUUUUUUUUAACUUUUUUUUUACAGUAUCAAUGAACGCCUCCUCAAGAUGGAACACCAGAAUAAUAUCCAAACACGUUGGUUGCUAUCAGAUGCUCAGUAUCAGUCUAGUUUGAUCACCACCGAAGCAGUUAAAGCAAAGCAGACUCUGGAUAUGAUGCUUGUUUCUGGUAGAAGACGUUGGUUUCUCCUUUCCCUAAAGAAGAAAUAUACAGAUGGACAGGCUCAAGCAAAACGGUUGGCGAAAAGUAUCACCAGCGAAACCAGCAACUUAAAGAAACAACUUAAGAAAUAUAACUCCUCUGUUGAAAUCCUUAACCAAAAGGGGCACUCUUCAUUCAAACCCCUCACUUGGGAAGAAGCAAGUGUUGUCAGCAGUAGUAUCUACUCAAUUAACUUCCCAGAUGACGAUCAGUUUCCUUUGGUUGUUAAACGAGCUGCUGUUGACGCCCACACCUUAGUUAGAGACCCAGUAUUUGAAAGAAGAAAUGGCUAAUGUAAUUACCACUUUUUUCAAUGAAUGUCUACUGCUGGAAAGCCGCCUUUCUACAUUGAGAUCAUAUGAGCAAUGUGAAACUUCUAACUUGUUAAAAGGUCUGCUCUCAGUUUUGAAAAGGGAUCUUAAUUAUGAGCGUGUACAUCUGUCCACAGCAUGUAAUCUAUUUAACCAGUUCAGUACCCCUUCACGGCAAAUUAGGAAUUACAUGGCUGAUUUUGUUGACUCUGAAACAAUUCAUGAGGAGGUUGUUUUUAAAGAUAAUGCCAGCGAUGAUGACGAGAACGAUUUUAGUGACGAAGAUCUCGAUAAUGGGAUGUAUUAAACGUUACUGAUGAACAGUGAUAAUGAGGAUGGCGGCAUUGCCUAUUGUAUACAAUUUUUUUUUGUAAUAAGCCGAGUCCAGGCCCUAUUCUAAGUCUUAUUUAUUAUAUAAAUACUGAAAAAAGAUUCUAGCCAACUAGUCAAACGUAGUCACUAAGAAGUCCAUUUUAGUAUUUAAAUUACUACUAGAAAAUAAAAUGAUGUAAUGUCAAUCGCGUCACAAGCGUCAGACAAUUCGAAAUCUGAGUCCUCAAUGGGAAUCGAACCCAUGACCUCUUAUAACCAACGCUGAAUUAUGGGAAGAUUCUCUAGAAAAAAACACUCGCCUCCUUUUUGACAUACAUACAAACAAUAGCCUAAAAUUUGACGCAAAAAUAUGCACAGAAGUUUGUCAUUGGACGUGAUCUCUUCCGAGAAGUAACAACAGGUCAUAUAUUCCUGCAUAUUUUCACGACCUGAGGCUAUUGUUUUUAUUACAAUUCGAAUGUUUUUACACGAGGCUCAGUUCUACGCUUUUAAACGUUAAAAUAAAUCUGUCAAUGUUGAAAUCUGGUUAGUCUGUUCAAAAUGUUUGUUCAAAUCAAUUAAAAAGAUCUAUCCUGCUGAAAACGCCUGAACAUUAAUUGCAAAUUUCGCAAACUGGGGAAUUUCACCAGGGGAAUAUAUACAAUUAUCAUUAUACG